UCUUUUAAUCCCAUUUAUCCAGUCAUCCUACCAGUUAUUGUGCUCGCGCACAUCACAACUGCAGUUUUAUUCUCGCUCACGCCUGUAAAUUCAUGCUACUUCAGCCUGGAUUUCUGCAGUGAGUCAGUCUUUGCCUGACACACCCACCGUUCUCGCAGCUGCCCAUCCAGGAGCACCUCUUCCCUGUGACUGCCAAUGUCUGCCAUGGUCCCUUAUCAGUAUAUAAUUGUGGAGAACCAGCACUCGCAUAAGUUCAGAGUCACGGUUGUGAGGGCUGAGAACGUCACCAAGGGAGGGUGGGGUGAUUAUUUGGACAUCCCAGAUCCUUACGUAGAGCUGUGUGUACCAGCUGUCUCUAAAACCAAAAAACGGACAAAGCACAUUGACGGCAGCGCGAGUCCAGAAUGGAAUGAAACGUUUGAAUUCAUACUGGACCCUAGUCAGGAGAAUGUUCUAGAGGUCACGCUAAUGGAUGCCAACUACGUUAAAGAUGAAACACUGGGAACCGCAUCGUUUACUGUCUCUGAUAUUGAAGUGGGACAAACACGACUGAUUCCCCUCCUGAUUGGUAAAGCUACCAAGGUGUAUUUAGAGAUGACCCUGCAGGUUUGUUCCAUCAAGGAUCUUCGCCUGAGCUUGGCUCUCUGCGACAAGGAGAAGCUCUUCCAGGAGGCUCGUCGGCAGAAGGUCAUGCUGGGAAUCCAGAAGCUUUUGAAAACAGAGAAGAGUUGCUUCCUCCCCAGCACCCCACAGGAAGUGCCAGUGAUUGCCGUCAUGGGGUCUGGAGGUGGGUUCCGGGCCAUGGUGGGCUUUGCUGGCGUGAUGAAAGCUCUCUUUGAGUCUGGAGUUCUGGACUGUACCACCUACAUAGCUGGGCUCUCUGGAUCCACCUGGUACAUGUCCACACUGUACUCCCACCCUCAUUUUCCAGCCAAAGGCCCCAGCGAGAUCAACCAGGAGCUGAAGAAGAGUGUGGCCAACUCUCCGAUGCGACUGCUGACGCUACAGCACAUCAGUCAGUACGUCCACGCGCUGCAGUCCAAGAAGGCCGCUGGGCAGCCUGUCACCUUCACAGACGUCUUCGGCAUGCUCAUCGGGAAUACCCUCAUCCCUGGGUGUAUGGACAGGAAGCUGAGCCAGAUGGCGGAGAAGGUGGAUGAUGCCCGGAACCCGCUGCCCCUCUUCACCUGUUUGCACGUCAAGCCUGACGUGUCAGAGCUCAUAUUCGCAGACUGGGUGGAAUUCAGCCCAUAUGAGAUUGGGAUGGUGAAGUAUGGAACCUUCAUGACCCCUGAUCUCUUUGGGAGCAAGUUCUUCAUGGGAUCAGUGGUGAAGCGUUUUGAGGAAAGCCCCCUUCACUUCCUCAUGGGGGUGUGGGGCAGUGCCUUCGCCAUACUGUUUAAUCGACUCCUUGGAGGCCAAGCCCACAGAAGGGGGAGCACCCUAGAAGAGGAGCUGGAACAUAUUAAGCCUGUGCAUAUUGUGGGAGAAGGUGAUGAAGAUGAAGAUGGCCGAGGCAAUGACUCACACCCUCAGGAGCAGAACAGCUGGCCUCCUCGCAUGUUCACCUCUCUGAUCAGCAACUCUGCCGUCUUAAAAAGCCGGGAAGGCCGGGCCAGUAAGGUGCACAACUUCAUGUGGGGCCUCAGGCUUAACACCUUCGUGCCGUACUCGCCCUUUGGGGGCCUCAACAAAGAGGCGUCGGCUGCACCAGACGCAGACGCUGUCAAAGAACCCAAUGAGUUUAAUCGCAUCUAUGAGCCUCUGGAUCCAAACAGCAAGAAGAUCUAUAUGGUGGACAGCGGUCUUAGCUUUAACCUCCCCUACCCGCUCAUCCUCAGACCACAGAGGGAAGUGGACCUCGUAAUAUCUUUCGACUUUACCGCUAGACCGAGUGAUUCCUCUCCACCCUUUAAGGAGCUUCUCUUGGCUGAGAAAUGGGCCCGUCUGAACAAGCUGCCCUUCCCCAAGAUUGACCCCAAGGUGUUUGACCGAGAGGGCCUUAAGGAAUGCUACGUCUUUAAGCCUGAAGACGGCCAGAAAAACUGCCCCACCAUCAUCCACUUUGUGCUGGCCAAUAUUAACUUCAGGAACUUCAAAUCUCCAGGUGUGCCUCGGGAGAGUCAAGUGGAGCAGGAGUCUGCUGACUUUGACAUAUUCGAUGAUCCAGAAAAAAUCUAUUCCACGUUUAACUUCCACUACUCCACUGAAGCCUUUGCUCGACUGCAUGACCUCAUGGAGUUCAACACUCUGAACAACAUCCAGGUGAUCAAAGACGCCAUCAAGCACUGCGUUUUGGAGAGGAGGGGUAACCCGCCGUGCGCCCCCACCUCCCCUGGAAAUCGAAAUGAAAUCAAAAAGAAGGCAGUUUCUGAGGAGUGAACCUUGUGGGAAAGCUGGCCUGUAACAGACACAUCCUUAAACUGUCUUUGGAAGCUUACUUAAUUUCGCAAUAAUGGUGCAGAUUUACUGUUUCAUAAAAAAGUCCAUUGACAAUCAAUGAUUAACAUAACUGCAAAUAUGUUCCACACGUGCAUCCUCUUUUUAUUAAGUGCCAUUACUUUUUUGAUUUGACGCAUUCAGUUCUGUUCUUUCCAUUUUCCUUUUAAUUGUAAUUGUAGUCACUGGCUCCCAAAGGGAUACUAAACACAAAUGUCUGGUGUUUUAUGUUACUGCAAAGAUGUUACUACUCAAUUAAUUUAAUACUUGAAAUUAAUGUUUUACUUUAAAACUUCCGGUUGUUUGUAAUGUGAUAUAUCAUUUUUGUAAAUAAUUGACUGAAAUAAUGAUUUUUGUUAUAACACUGGUACAUGAACAAUAUUUUUAUUGAAUUGAACAAACAUCCCAAUCCAUUCUUUGAGCCACGUAUAUAACUAACUGAACCUGCUUUGCUCAUAACGUUUACGAAGAUGCUUACUGGGUCAGAGAGAUUUAGUGACAAGAUGCCUGAGACCAGGGUGUAGAAGAAGGUUAGGAAAAGAUGAAGCUGCUUCAGCUACAGGUAUGUGGUUUAAAUUGUUCAUAAUGACGACAGAGUUUAAUGCAAUGACUGCAAUUACACAUGACAGGGUCGUGCAAUUGCAUCUAUCAGCCCCCUAACCAUUGUUUUGUGUGUCAUUGUAUCAGUUAAUGCAAACGUGUUUUUGCUGGAAUUCAGUUGCCCACAGAGGGACUGUAUCCAUAGGAAUCAGGAAUAUGUGAUUCUCAUGGCAAGAGAUACAGCUGUAUUGACAAUUACACAUUUUCCUAAAAAUUGCACAUCUAGUCCAGGGUUCCCCAGUUAUUUUUCCCCCAAGGGUAAAAACUUUGGGGAGUUGGUGCUGACAAUAAAAUUUGCCAGGCGCCGGGGUGGCUAUUGCUUGAUCUGGAAUAAACUGUAUUUUGGGAAACGCUUAAUGUCAUACAUUUAAGGAGAGGGGACAGUGCUGUUGUAUUGCUGUUUUCACUUACUAACACGUGUAUCUAGGAGAUGUUCCUCCUGCAGUCAGUGUGUAUCUUUUAACUCAUGCUAGCUAGUUUUAGUCACAGUUUCUGUGACAUCAGCGACGACUCAGUGCGUGUAAAUACCAUGGGAACCUAAGAUGUAAUGGUCUCCAGUGCGUGAUUCAUUGUUAUAAAGUUCCCUAAAAACCUACAGCAAUAUGUGUAUUUAUGUUGGUAAGUCAGUUUCACAGUUAAGCAUUUAUUUCCAGAUGUGAAAUAAUACAUUGGCUGUAUGAUGAAAUCUAACAUGCUGAACAUUGCAAGGACAUUUUUGUUUAGCUUUCCUUGCGUGACUGUUGGUUUACUCUGUGAUCAGGUGGGACAGAGACAUUGUUACACCAACACUGAGCACAUUAGUGCUCAGAAUGAAUCAUCCACCGAAAAGCAGGCCGCUGCCUUAUUUGGAAUGUUUCCAUACACUACACUACACUACACUACACUACAUAACACAGGACAUAAAACAAACCCUUAGCGUGUGUUCUUCUACAUGUUUGUCAAUAAUAUAAUAAUUAUAGACAUUUCACAUCAUCCUGUCGCAUUUAUGCAUUUUCCAACUAACCACCACAGGACAUGGAUAUAAAAUCUGCUGUUUUAUUACUAAAGGUAUUAGAAUCUAAUAGUUUUGUUCAGCAUUUUGCUAACAUCUGUGAGUCAGAAACAGUUGACUGAUUACAGGGAAAUGUGUUUUUUUUUUUUUUAAUGCUGUCACUGAUGAUUGUGCACAAGUUGUAGCGUGCAAUUAAAAAAUAUUACUUUCA